CUCCUAACUCCCUCCGUCCGUCCAUCCGUCUCUCCUCUCUCCCCAGACUGUAUGAGAACAAAGGAGAAGCAGACUUCAUGGAGUCCUUGAGGAAUCUCUUCACUUCCUUCAAUGACAUGAUGAACAUCAACUCUGAGAACACAGGCAUGGUGAAGGGUGCAGCAUUGAGAUACGUCCCCACCAUCGUGAACGACGUCAAACUGGUCUUCGAUCCCAAGGAGCUCAGUAAACUGUUCACAGAGUUCAUUCUGAAGGUUCCUCUGGGUCGUCUGGUCAAACAGAAGCUAAACUGCCUCAUCGACAUCGUCCACAGUGAUCUCUUCACACAGCAUGACUGCCGGGAGAUCCUGCUUCCUCUGAUGACAGAACAGCUGAAGUUUCAUCUAGAGAACCAGGAGGAACUGGAGGCCUGCUGUCAGCUGCUGAGUAACAUACUAGAGGUCCUCUACAGGAAGGAUGUGGGUCCUACUCAGUGGCAUGUCCAGAUCAUCAUGGAGAAGCUCCUAAGGACCGUCAACAGAACAGUCAUCUCCAUGGGCAGAGACUCUCCUCUCAUUGUAAGUGACUCUUCGUCAAACCUCCCAAACCAACCUCGUGAACCUCCUAAAACUCUCUUCCUACUUCUUCCCUACUCUACUGUGUCUGUGAAUCUGACAACUAGGAUUUCAGGAAAAACCCUGGCAACUUCUGAUAAAAGUUUCUAGAAUUGUGCAACUCUAAUCGUCCCUCUGCGACAUCAACUUGGAUCCACAGCACCACAGACUGAUAGAAACCGAGUCCCUCGACUCACACAGCUUCAUGUAGAUUCAGUCCAAAGGUUCCCUUGAUCUGCCUCACUGCUCUCAUCUGCUUGAUGAGCCCCGACAUGGCAUAUUUCAGUGUGUGUGUACCGUGUGUGUGUGUGUGUGUACCGUGUGUGUGUGU